GGGUGCGGGAGCCGUGCUGCUGCUGAUGGUGCUGCAUGGCCAGUGCCACUGCCCUUUUGCCAGGAUGCUGGGUGGGCUCUGGAGCCCUUGUCCCCCUCCUCGCAGCCCUGUCUAUGCUAGGACGUAGCCCUUGGGGGGGGUGACGAGCAGCUGUCCCCUCCCUCCCUCCUGGCUGUGGGACUGGUGCCUUCCUACACGUGGGGUGUGGGGUCAUUGGCAGCAGCUUGCGAUGCUUCGAUGUCUCUGCACAGGCUGUGGAGGCAUUGCUGAUGAUGGCGGAGCUGUGGCACGUGGGGCCGUGGUGCUGUGCUUGGUACUGCUCCGCAUGGAGGAGCGUCGUCCUUGCGGUGUCUGCUGCCUGCCCAGCUUUUUUCCUGUGGGGUUAAGAGAAGGAGGUGCAGGGAGAUGCAUUUAUUUCCUCCAAGUGACCGGAUCUGUCCUCUCCAAGGUCUGCAGGGUAGCAUGUGGGACAAGAGGGGAAGGACAGAUGCAGAAGCAUUAAGUUUACUUAAAGUUAUGACCCACUGGGGAAGCAGAGCAAAGUUGCCUUUUAUGGUUCCCAGCAAAUCCUGACCAUAUCUGAGAACAUCCCUCUGCACCCUCCCUGCGAGCUUCUCUGGACUGUUCCCUGUUGAGAAAACGGGGGAAAAAAACCAACCCAACCAAACCCAGCCCCUUCUGUCAGCGAGUCACUGGGAGGAUCCUGCAGCUGGAAACCCACCCUGCCAGACUGUGGGAACUCUCAGUGGCUCAGCAGACAUGAACAUGAAAACCGCGCUUAUCCUCCUCGUUCUGGCUUUAGCCACGAUAUUUGCUUUAGUCUGUGUGUUGCUGACAAGAGGAAGGGCCCCCAGCACCUGCCAGCACCAGCCCCUGGAGCAGGAGGACACCGAUGAUGGCCAGAGCCUGGUCUUUGCCGAUCUGACGCCCGAAGAGAUGGUGCAAGUGGUGCGGUACCUGCAGGGAAACCUUGGGGUGCGGCUGGUUGAUGCCUCGCAUGCAAAACCCUCCGACAACUGCAUCGCCUCCGUCGACCUGCAGGUCCCUGCCAAGGCGGAGGUGCUGCGGUUCCUGGAUGGUGGAGGGGCUCGCCCCCCCCAAGAGGCGCUGGCUGUGCUGUACUUUGGGAACCAGCCAGACCCCAACAUCACCGAGUACGUGGUGGGUCCGCUGCCGAUGCCAGCAUAUCACCGGGAUGUCACGGUACAGAAGUACAGGGGGAAGGUGCCGUACCACCGCAGACCUGUUACCGGCAAGGAGUACAUGGAUAUCAAUGCCCUCAUCCAGCGGGAGCUGAGAAAGGCACCACGCUUCCUCGCCACAUGCUGUGAGUCUGACGGGACCGACCUGGCCAUCCUCACGACAGCCCCGCGGGGCUUCAAGUCCGGUGACCGUGCGACCUGGUUUGUCCUCUUCCACAGCGUGGCCGGCACCGGCUACUACCUCUUGCCGGUGGGGCUGGAGGUGCUGGUGGAGCACAGGGACCUCCGUGUCUCCCACUGGCAGCUGCGCCAAGUCUUCUACAAUGGUCGGUACUUUGCCAGCAUGGGAGUUCUAGAGGAGGCAUUUGUGGCCAGCUUGCUGGAAGUUGUCAGGAUCCCAAAGCCCCAGGCUGAAGCAGUGCUGGGCUCGAUGAGACCCGAGCGCCCACCCGCCUCCCCAGGUCCACUGCAGUAUGAGCCCCAGGGUCCCCGCUAUAGCAUCACGGGCAACCAUGUCACCUUCCAGGGCUGGAGCAUUGCCUUUGGCAUGAACCCCAACUCUGGCCCGCGCCUCUUUGACAUCAGGUACCGUGGGGAGAGGAUUGUCUAUGAGCUGAGUCUCCAGGAAGCCUUAGCCCUGUACAGCUCCAACUGCCCCGGGGGCAUGUUGACCCGCUACCUCGAUGGGAGCUUUGGCAUCGGUAGGUUUGCCUAUGAGCUUGUCCAGGGCCUUGACUACCCCUACACAGCGACCUACGUGGACCGGCACUACCUGGCAGAGUCAGAGACCCCCAAAACCAACCAAAAUUCACUCUGCAUUUUUGAGCAUGAUGCUGCCCUCCCUCUGCGGUGCCACUUCUCUGACUCGCAGUCCUUGUACUACGGAGGGCUGUGGAAAAACACACUGGUCAUCCGUGCCAUCUCCACUCUCAUCAACUACGACUACAUCUGGGACUUCAUGUUCCACAGCAGUGGGGCCGUGGAGGUCCGGGUUCAUGCCACCGGCUACAUCAGCUCCUCCUUCCUCCACGGCUGAGGCACUGACUACGGCAACAGGGUUGGGCCCCGCACGCUGGGGACGAUGCACCUCCACCACAUCCACUACAAGGUGGACCUGGAUGUCGAUGGGCAGCUGAACUCCCUGGAGACCCAGGACAUGGCGUACAAGAUCGUGAAAGAACCCUGGAGCAUGCAGAACACCAUUGAGCAGCUGUACCUCCACAGGGAAAGGCUGGAGAGGGAGGACGAGGCGGCGUUCCUGCUCAACACCCCCAUGCCCUGCUACCUCUCCUUUGCCAGCCCCAAUCCCAAUAAGUGGGGGCAUCCGCGCAGCUACCGGAUCCAGAUCACCAGCUUCACCGGGGAGCACCUGCCCGCCAGAAGUCCCAUGGAGAGGUCCAUCAGCUGGGGCAGGUACCGGCUGGCCGUCACCCGGCGGAAGGAGGAGGAGCCCACCAGCACCAGCAUCUACAACCAGAACGACCCCUGGACGCCCACCGUCGCCUUCGCUGACUUCAUCGACAACGAGACCAUCACCAACGAGGACCUGGUCGCCUGGAUCUCUGUGGGGUUCCUGCACGUCCCCUAUGCCGAAGAUGUCCCCAAUACGGUGACCGUGGGGAAUGGUGUUGGCUUUUUCCUGAGGCCCUACAACUACUUCGACGAGGACCCCUUGGCGGACUCGCCCGACAGCAUCUAUUUCAGCAGCGAGCAGGACGCCAGGGCAUGCGGGGCCAACCCCCUCGCCUGCCUGCCCCCCGCCGCCGCCUGCGCCCCCCACCUGCCCCCCUUCCGCUACGGGGGCUUCCUCAACCUCAGCCUGGCGCUGCCGCCCGGUGGGCUCUGACGGGGACAGGGCUGCCGCUGCCCCCGUCCCCGCCGGUGCGGGCAGUCUGUGUCCGGCCAUCGAGUGUGUAUCUGGAGGGGCUCUGCAGCCACACCAGGACCUGCCCUCCUCAUGCCUGGGACAUCUCGUGCUCAGGGUCGGGUUUUUGGAGGAGCUCAGCUCUCGUUUCAGCACCGCAAUGCUGCCGAAGGUGGACUCGAAGCCUCUGAAAAACAGCCCCUAGGAGUGAUUUUUGGAGACUCCAUCAGGAUGCUACCCAAAGUGCUGUGGGCACCCCACAGCCGCUCUCAUCCUCUGGGACCAGGGCUCCCGCUGCCUCCCCAAGGUAGGUCAGUGCACGCAACGCGAUGGUGCCGGCCAAGGCUGAGCACUACGCAAAGCCGCAGCUUCCCUUGGAGCCGUGGUCCAUGCCAAGGUUUUGCCUAGGCUGGCAGGAGCGGGCAGCGUGGUGGCUGCUGUGGCCCAGCUGCAUCCCGGGGGCAUCGGGCCAUGGGGAGCCAGCAGCUCCAGGAUGCCUGAAACAUCCACCCCAGCCCGGUGGCCGCUGCAGCUCCAGGGCUGCUGAGGCCCAGGCGAUGCUGAGCUCCGGCUGCUGCAGUGGUGCCAAGCUCUGGGGACGGGGACAGGGACAGCGUACUGGGCUGCACCGGGAGCCUGCAGGAGACACUGCAGGGCAGCGGAACAGGCACUCCCUGGGCUGAGCUGCCCCUUGUCUGCCCUUCCCCAAUAAACAGGCACUCAGGUGCUUUUUCUGACCAA